AUGUUAUCAGCAAGGGGAGCGCAAUGGGCUAAGAUUGGAUACCUCCACGGCAAGCCAGAUGCGUACGACCCAAAAGACAACCCCAAUGGUGUUGUAAGCUUCACCAAUGCCGAGAAUAUUUUCCUACACGCCGAUCUGGCUGACUUCUUCAAUACGCAUAACCACUUCGACAAGGAAUGUUGCGCGUAUGGGGAGGGCUAUACUGGAACAUUACGACUUCGGACUGCGAUGGCGACGCACCUUAAUGCCUCUUUCCAUCCAGCGCAAGCGAUCGACCCGGAGGAGGUCACUUUUGCUGCUGGAGUGACUGAUCUCAACGAGGUUUGCGCGCUGGUCACCUGUGAUCCAGAUCGACAUGACUCUGUCAUGCUUGGGAGGCCUAUUUAUGGGCCCUUCUCUAAAGAUCUUGCUAUGCGAACAGGGUGA